UUGCCUACAUAGAGACGUUGUACCACGACAACCGAUACCUCCCCUAAUCACCGUCUGACCUUCACACUGCGUGCGUGAAGACCCACCGAAUAAGACUACCUCUUCCCACACGAAGGUACGGCCUACUCUUUAUUAGUCCUCUGUCGCCUGUCCGAUUCGAAUAAGGGACGCUCAAUAAAGAUGGCCGAUACUGCGGGCUAUCCUACCGACACAUCUAAGACUGGGUUGGGUGCUUCUGUCCACUCCACCAACAAGAGAAAGCGCGAUUCACGCGACACCGGCACCUCCCGAGGCGCACCUUCCGCCAACGCGUCCAGCGGAGCCAACGACUUGAGCGACCAAGCCACUGCCUCAUUCCUUGCCGCACACAACGCUUCAACUAACGAGGAGGAAAUGCAGCAACAGUUCGACGUCCACCAGAACGGCGGCGCAAACGCGUCUAGCGUAGGAGACACCGCUGCCGCCGCUCUCGCCUAUCAUCAGAUGACCGUCCCCCAAGCCACCGAACUCUCCUUCCAGGCACAAAACUCGAGCGGAGAAGGCGGCUCAUUUAGUCUUGGGGAUCAUCACCAGCCGCAACAGACCGGCAUGCAAGAUUUCAGCCUCGAGGCUCUCAAAGCCGCGACCCAGACCCCACGGUCAGGCCAACCAGCGACAAAUGAGUCUCCACCAAACACGGGCGGCCACAAACCCCCUGUUGGUUCAGAGGAAUGGCACAAGGUGCGAAGAGAUAAUCAUAAAGAAGUUGAGCGCCGCCGUCGUGAGACCAUCAACGAGGGCAUAAAUGAGCUUGCAAAGAUUGUUCCCGGCUGCGAGAAAAACAAGGGCUCCAUUCUCCAGCGCGCUGUUCAGUUCAUCACACAGCUAAAAGAGAAUGAGCAGCAGAACAUCGAAAAAUGGACUCUUGAGAAGCUUCUGACGGAGCAGGCCAUUACCGAAUUGAGCGCCAGUUGCGACAAAUUUAAAGCUGAAAUGCAGCGGGCCUGGGACGAGUGUGGCAUAUACAAACGCGCAUGUGAAAAUGCCGGCAUUGUUCCCGAUGAGAUAAAAGACCGCGAGAACAACAACGAACAGAACGGUCAGAGCUGAAAGCUUCCUACCGAUCGAUGAUACCAUAUCGGAGGCCCUAUCGUAUAGAACAAGAUCCGGCGGGCUAGUUGUUCACUGUCGGCUGUCUGCUUGUUCAUAGAACAGGGUUCACCAGGGCGAUUACUUCUCAAGAUGACUGAAUGUUUCUUUGACGAUGGACGGAUUGUUACACGAGCCUUUCUCUUCUGUAAGGGGUUAGUCCUAGCUUGUUUUUGGUUCUUCUCGAGACAUUACAACACAUCUGAUUUGGCUGUUCUUC